AUGACGACCAACUCGACUGGAUCCGAGCUUCCCAUUGCAAUAGAAAUGAUCAACCCCCCAAACUCUACGAGGAAUGAUAAAUUUGAUGAAUUGGUACUAGACUAUUUUAUUCAUGAAGGGUACGAAGACGCAGCGAUCAAGUAUAGCUGCCGUAGAAAAGCAAAUGCUAAUGACAUUGAUCAAGAAAUCGAAAACAGAGGCAACAAUAGAUAUGAUAUUAGUGGUAAUAAGAAGGAUCAGAUAUCACCACCAACUAGUAGUCUAUUUAUCGAUAAUAUGAACCGAUUGAGUAACGACAAAGAGUUUUCCGAUAUGGUCAUUAGCUACUUUAAUAACCCCAGUGGCAAACACAAUAAUAAUGAAAGUACUGAUAAACAUAACAAUAAUAAUGGUGGCAGUGAAAGUGCCAGUUUUCCCGAUAUUACUGAUGUUGGGGCAAUAAAUAAUCGUGAUAAAAAAACGGAGUCUGGUUUUGCCACAAUUAAGCAGCGUCAAGAGAUUAAGAAAUUGAUUUUGAAUGGCGAUAUUAGUCAAGCAAUUAAACAAAUUAGUCAAUAUUAUCCGAUGAUUUUAGAUUUGAAUAAUCUAUUGCACUUCAAAUUGUUGAGAUUAAACCUCGUUGAAAUGAUACGUAACCAUAAAUUUAACACCAAGAGUAGCAACGAUUCGAUGGAUGCUGGCCAGGAUGAACGGGAAUUUUUGGCAACAAUAUUGAAUUUUGUUCGAGAGAAUUUAAUCAAUAAAGUCUUUAAUCUGUUCAAACUACUAAAAGAGUUAGAAAUCACCAUGAGUUUAUUGUGCUUUAAAUUUGAUCCCACCAUUGAGAAUUUGCAAGACCAAGCUGAUUUGCCAGUAGAAUUGAAAAAGCUUUUUGAUUUAUCAUUGAGGUAUCAAUGUUAUCGAUUGGUAAACAAUGCAAUUUUGAAACUUUAUAAUAACGAGUAUACCGAUGUCAGUAUUGCAACAACUAACAAAGACAUGCCUCGAUCAAAAUCACCGUUUAGCGAUAGCUAUUAUUUAACAAAUGAUGAAACCGUUCAAGAAUUGUUGGAAGACCGGGAAGAAUCCAAUAAACGGAAAAUGACCAGAACCUAUCAUGGUCCUAAAUUUGCCGAGUUUGAUUUAUCGAAUUAUAAACAUAAAUCAAGACAACAACAACAAGGAAUAAACUAUGAACUGUCAGAUUUUGUUACGCUAGAAGAACAGCAACGAAACAAUGAACAAGAAGAACUAGAAGCGGUAGAUGAGGAAGACGAGGAUGAUGAAGAAGAAGAAAUAGGAUACCAUAUUAAUCCCGAUGUCAACUUGUAUAGUAAUGGUGAUGCUGACAAAGAUAUGAAGGACAGUAGUAUCGACAAUAUAGGGACUGAAAAUGAAGAUGAGAUGAAUAGAAUAAUAAAUUUGUCCUUGGAUUCGAGGUUAGAAAGAGUAAUAAAAUUAUGGUUGUUAACUGAGCAGAGAAUCAAAGAUUUGAACAUUGUUGUCACGAACCGAAACUAA